CCCUUACCUAUACCAACCACCGACCGAGGACCCGAAAAAGAAAAGGUAAAACAGAUCUUGCUGGCCAUCUUCCUUCUUCUUUGUUGCUCUUCAAAUCCCUCUUCUCUUCAUCUCAAUUGAGCUCUGUUCAUCCUUUUCAACCCCAUUGAUUCAAGAAGAGAGUUCGACAAGAUGUCGUACGAACAGCAAUAUCCCACCCCUCCACCAACGUCCUCUCCUAAGCACAACACCUCGACCUAUCACCCAUUCUCUCCCAAACUGCCCGCACAAGAGACGUAUUAUCAAGAAACCCAACCGGGUCCUAAACUACCAGCUCAAGAAACAUAUUACAAGCAGUCCUACAGCACACCGGCUUCUCCAACGCACUGGGACCCUUCCUCCCAUCCACCCGCAGACCACCCAGUAGCCACCACAACAACAAACUACGACUACCUCCCCCCGCGCCGAAAAUCCUCCCCCAUCCAACCAACCACAAAGCCCACCAACACAAACCCAUACUACAACCCCUCCUUCCCGAGCAAAACCUCGCCCCUCAUUUCCCCCACAGGCCACCGCCCCUCCUCCCGAACAAAAGUCCGCACGCCCCCUCCACGACCCAUAUACUUCUCCCCCACAAACCCCAUCCCCACACCCUACAACGCGUCUCGGCCAUCGCCUCGCCCGGGCUUCUUGUCUCGAAUCAGCGCGUUCUUGCGACGGAUAGUGAAAUGGGCGCAGAAGAACCCGAUUAAGGCUGGUCUGGCCUCGUUCCUACCGGUACUGGCUGGAGCGGGAUUAAUUAGAGCUGGCAAGGCGUUGGGGCUCGGUCCUGCGUUUGCGGGGGUGGCGAAGCUGUUGAGUGGGUUGAUGGAAGGGAUGGGUGGUGGGAAGGCGCCUGGGAGCGGGGAUGAGUCUGGGAGGGUGGCUAAGGGGGUUGAGAAGGAGGUGAAGAAGGAGUGGGGGUGGGGGAUGGAUCAUUUUGUUGGGUUUGGAGGGACGAAGAAGGGACCGUUGGAUGGGAUUAUGAAGGUAGCGCUGAUGGGAGUGAAUCAUUACUGCAAACUCACCCCCUCCGCCGUCCCUCGAGCAGCCAGUAUACUCUUGGAACUAUACUUCCUCGAAGCUAAGAAAUAAUGAUCGCUCUUGGAUAUCUAUACAUCUACAAGGAACCAGUCCGAAGUAUAUACAGUACAGUGCAAUUGUACCUUUACCACGAUUCACGAAUGAUGAAUACCACCAAUACAAAAUCUAUCUCAGAGCCAUGCCUCUCCUGAAAUAUGCACCGUUGUGGAAUGCCUGAACGCCAAGACCUUUGACCUGCCGCCGAACCUUGAUACCCGGAAUCUUGUCUCUUGUUUCCGGUCGGGUGGAGAAGAGGAAAUGGAUUAAACGACACUUUGUGCAUGUUUAGCUACC